CGCUCAGAAAAGUUUGAUCCACCUCCAGCGUAUCAGUGCUGUAUUGUGUUCUCCGAGAGAGCGCUUGUGCGCUCAUUUCUCACACACUGUAACCGGUGGGAAGAAAACACAGAAGACUUUUACGGAAAGUUGAAACAAACAAAUAGUCUUUAAGGACGUUUCGAGGACUACAUGCAAAAAUGUCUCGAGCCCCGGAGGACGUGAACAAGCUCACCGAGAGCACUUAUAAGAAUGUGAUGGAGCAAUUCAACCCAGGGCUGCGGAAUCUAGUCAACCUGGGAAAGAGCUAUGAGAAAUCAGUGGCAGCAAUGACCCUUGCUGGAAAGGCGUAUUUUGACGCAGUCUCAAAGAUUGGGGAAAAUGCUGCUGUGUCACCGGUUUCCAGGGAGCUGGGAGUGGUUCUGAUGGAGAUUGCAGAUGUGCAUAAGAAGGUCCAGCUGGAGAUGGAGGAGUCUUUCAAGAAGUUCCACAGAGAGCUCGUCGCAGAACUGGAAAAGAAAACCGAUAUGGAUACCAAGUAUAUGAAUGCCACUUUCAAAAGAUACCAGUCUGAACACAAAAUGAAGCAAGAUUUCCUGGACAAAUCGCAGACCGACCUGAAGAAACUGCGCAGAAAAAGUCAAGGGAAGCAUUCGUCUAAAUACGAGAUCAAAGAAAAUGAGUGCUUGGAGACCAUCUCAUCCCGGCAGACAGACAUGCAAAGGUUUAUCGCAGAAGGAUGUAGGGAAGCUCUGUUGGAAGAGAAAAGAAGGUUCUGUUUCCUAGUGGACAAACACUGUGCCUUCUCAUACCAGCUAGCAGAUUUUCAUGACAAGGCCAAGGAGAUACUGACUGUCAAACUGCCCAGUUGGCAGGAUAAGUGCACUGAUGCCACCAAGGUUCCAGACACAGUGAUUUCCAUGAUUGAGGGUCUGAAGACUCCAAUGACAGUCAUACCUAAGUCCUCGGCUAUUAUGGAGCACAGUGACCGGAACCAUUCAGAUGCAGUGGUUCCACCACCAGCCCCGUCACUCAAAGCCCACACGAGUCCACUGGCCAGCAUGUUCUCCCAAGACAUUCCCAAAAGCCCCAUCUCAUCAGAGCAGUGCUCAGAUCAAGACAGCCUUGAUGGCCUGUCCAGGUCUACAUCUGUGUCCAGUGGUAUGGACGUGGUGAAGAAGAUCAGAGUGCAAACUAUUUUCCCCCACACAGCUGGAAAUAAUGAGACCCUGCUGAGCUUUGAUGAUGGAGACAUCAUUACACUGCUUAUUCAAGAUGAGCGGGAUGGAUGGCUGUAUGGAGAACUAGAACAUACUGGACAAAGGGGCUGGUUUCCCUCAUCUUAUUGCCGAACUUACAAUGAUCCGGUGAUCGCAAUCAGCAGAGUGGAGAGCCCAUUGCAUAGUCAGAGUGCGGUUGAUCUCCCAGAGCAGACGGAGGAAGACGAGGAGGUGGAGGAACCCAAGCUGCUGCCCCCACCUGACUACAGUUACUCAUCCAGGGACUUACCCUUCAAGCCCUCCACCCCCUCUCCACAGAACACGGGAAAGCCAUUGAUGUGUAUUCCAGGAGGGACUCCCUGAUCAGAUUUGCUUUCCCUCUAGGGUGAACAUGAAACCUCUGUCCUUCCCUAGUUCUGUACAGCAGGAACACAUGAAGGAUGCACAUACAAUACAGAAGAGUUGCUUUUUGUGAUGUCAUAUUAUAUACAGUAUGUAAAUAUAUGAUAUUACAAUACCAGUCAGAAGUUUGUACAUACUUGACUGAAUUUGUUUCUCAUGAAAACCUUUUGAUAUAAAGGCUUAUGUUUAAAUGAAUUGUGUUGACAAACAUAGAUUUUGCCUAAAUAGGAAUUUCUUUACAAAACUCAUUAUUUUUUUUUAUUUAUUUUUUUUAAAUGGCUGUGUUGGAGUGUAUAGUAAAGGAAAAGCAGCCUACAAGUGACCACUGUACAUAGGAACAUGAAUACUGUUUAAAAGCAUGUGUGCAAAGUUGUAAUCUAGACAAAGGGUGGCUACUCUGAUGUUUUCUACUGAAUAAGUUUUAAUUUCCUUAACAUUUAUCACUGCCCAUACUUUCAAUUUUGUAGUUCUGUUGACUUUGCUAUUACUCUAAAAUGUUGCAAAUAGAUAUAAUAAAGAUAGGUGUGCCCAAACCUUUGACUGGUAGUAUGUGUGUGUAUGUAUGUGUGUGUGUGUGUGUGUGUGUGUGUAUAUAUAUAUAUAAGGUUGUAGAAUCGUUCAAACUAAAUUUACAUUAGUUGCAAGUCCUACAAAAAGAAACGUAAGACCUACAAUUAUGUAAACUUUGUUCUUUGCCAGGGGGCCUAGGGAGGGGUAAAUGAAUGCUCUGCAUUACUGUCAUUGUGAAAAAUAAAAAGACAUCUGAAAAAUGCACCUAACCUGGUUUGACAUUGUAAGACAGAGUGGGGACAAUUAGCGUUGCACCAUGUCAGCUGAUGUCAAACUGAAAUAUAUGGCUCACUAUGCUGAAUGACCUCAAGCAACAUGAACUGAGAUAAAAUUGACAGUGUUUGGACAGAAGUAAUUCACCUAGAAUGUGCUCGUAUGGCAGUGGUCAGGUGACUAGCUGCUGUAAUAGACACACAUGGACUGUUUAGGCAGAUUUAAAUGCUUCUCCACUGCUGCCACUUCAGCUAGUCUGACUUUGAUCUCAAAUUUGCCCUGUUGUGCAUUUACUCUGCAAACAGGCAUGCCUUAAUCCAAGAUACCUCCUGUCAAUGUGUGUAAAAAUUACAAAAUAUGAGCCAUUUGAUUCCCUGUUUGAUUGGUGCUCAGGUUUAUGAAUGGUUGCUUUUAGUACUCUUAUUAUUACCUUUGGUAAACAUGGUACCAAAAUUGUUUAGCUUAAAACAUUUUUUUUAUAUUUUGCAAAAUUAUUUGCAUGACAUAAGCUGCAUUUAAAACUGAUAAUUUGUAAAUGUAUUAACAACAGUGAUACUGAUUCAUAAUUAUAUGGUUGGUUAUUUUGCAUUUUCUUCCUGCUGUGCACAACCCUAUAAGUACAGACCUGCGACCCACCAGUUGAGAGUGUCUGGUUUAUGAAAACAUGGAGCAUACAACAGUAUGUCAUAUGCAAAGUAUCUUGCAUAUUCCCUGACUGUUAACUGUUCGUAGUCACUUGAAUUAGUAAUGAUUAGAUUUUCUUCUCUCCGAUGGAGUAAGCAAGCGUUUCAAGAUGAUCAAGGUUCUAGGUACUAAAGUUUGCUGGUGAAGUGACAGAAUUAUCUGUUGACAUCCUAAUCAAACCAGUCUGACAGGGAAACGCUCUUCACUUUAAAGUUCCAAAGAACAGAAACAGUCACAGAAUGUACAUUUCUGCCACCGACUUUUCAUU